GCUCGUAUCGCAUCGUGUCUGAGGGUUUUUCGUGUAUUUAAUUGAAAAUUUACCGAAUUCAAGCAGAUUUUGUUGAAAAUUUUUGUUACAAAGGAAUGUCCUGGCGCAAAUCGUAGCCUACAAAAGCUUAAAUUGAGCUGAUUUUUUGAAAGACUUGAAGCAUCCCGGAACUAUGGAUCACGGCACAAAUGUCUCUGAAUUGGCGGCGGAACUUGCGAGAGCUGUCGAAGUAACGCUUUCGCCAGCUGCAUCGCAGCAACAACGAAUGGAAGCUUAUGUGGCAUGUGAAAAAUUCAAAGAAGUUUCGCCCUUGUGUCCUCAAGCGGGAUUUUUUCUCGCAAAUAAUCCACAAUUCUCGAGUGUUGUGAAGCAUUUCGGGCUGCAACUCGUCGAACAUACGAUCAAAUUCAACUGGAACAACAUUUCGCAGCAGGAAAAGGUCUUUAUCAAGGAAAGUUCGAUGAAAUUAUUGCACGAGGGCGUCGGUUUGGCACAAGAUCAGUCGGUAGCUCACAUCAAAGACGCCCUUUCGCGAAUUAUUGUGGAAAUGAUUAAACGUGAAUGGCCCCAGCAAUGGACAACGUUGCUGGUUGAACUUUCGGAGGCAUGCACAAAAGGCGAAGCUCAAACGGAAUUAGUUCUUUUGAUAUUUUUGCGACUUGUGGAGGAUGUUGCCUUGUUACAUACCAUCGAAUCGAAUCAGCGUCGCAAAGACAUUUAUCAAGCACUUACCAACAAUAUGGGAGAAAUUUUCGACUUUUUCCUCCGGCUAAUUGAGCAACAUGUCAACGAAUUUCGUAAAUACUCAUCGAUGCAAGACCCACAAAAGGCGAUGGCCAAUUCUCGGGUUGUGCAAGUUGCUCUUCACACCCUCGGGGGAUUCGUGGAUUGGGUGACAAUUAAGCAUAUAAUGGCAGGAAAUGGUCGUUUAUUGCAAAUUUUGUGCAUUUUAUUGAGCGACGUGGAUUUCCAGGCACCCGCUGCCGAAUGUUUAAUCCAAAUUGCCAGUCGCAAGGGCAAUAUCAAAGAUCGCAAGGAACUUUUGGUGCUUUUUAGCGAAGAUGCGUUGUCAUAUAUUUACCGAAGCGCCGUUCAAACAAAUCAAAUGGGAAGCGAAGCUUAUUAUCAAUUCCUGAAAAAAUUAGCACAAGUACUCACAGGGCUCUGUAGUCAACUUACCGCGAUGUGGGGUAAAGAAGAGACAAAAGACGACAUUCGUCCCACGAAUUUCCGUCUUUUUUUGGAAACGAGUUUGAUUUUGCUGAAGCAUGCCAGUUACACAUUAACUCAUUAUGGGGCACUAAUUUGGCUUUCGAUGAUGAAACACGAUCAAAUUUCGAAAGAUCCUACCUUUGUCGAGUACAUACCGCAAGUGAUAAAUUUAGUAGGACCGAAAAUUAUCAAAGUUUUUUAUCCGGCAACGCGUCCCACGGAGAUUUCGAUGCAUCCGCAGGUCUUUGCGAGUAUCGAUUAUGACAGUGAGGAGGAAUAUUUUUCGUUUUUUGCGAGAUGUCGAUCGGAUUUGCUCGAUAUCUUUCGGCAGAGUACUUUGAUAACGCCGCUCGUGACUUUUGGGUAUUGCGAGCAGUGGUUGACGUUGCGCCUGCAAAAAGCUCCUGCCGAACAAACGACUUGCAGUAUUCGAGAUCCCGCAUAUUUGGAAUGGGAUGCCAUUGUGAUGACGUUGGAGAGUGUUUUGUCGCGCAUUUUGAUGGUUACGGAGCGUCCCAGCGUCGCAACUGGCUUGCGACUUCUCGAAAGUUGUUUGAAGAUCGAUUCGCCGGAUCCGCUGAUCGUUUCGAUCUUGUUGUCGUGCAUCUCGUCGCUUUUUGUGUUCCUAAGUAUGUCAUCGUGUCAAAUAACCGCGAAUAAUUGCGUUGCUAUGAGCGGCGUUGCGUUGUUGCCAAAAGUUCUCGAGAAGAUUUUUUCGACUUUUAUGUUUCCGGAUCCGGGACAUGCGAAAAGCAAUCAAUCGACGGCGGUGAAGCAACUUCGGAGACAUGCGGCAUCAUUAAUGGUGAAAAUUGCAUUGAAAUAUCCCCUGUUGCUGUUGCCAAUUUUCGAUCAGAUUCAUGCUUCGGUGCAAGCGUUGGCACGUCAAACGGAUUUAUUGACAAGCGGGGAGCUGAUUCAACUGCAAGAAGCGCUUUUGUUGAUUUCCAAUCAUUUUUGUGACUACGAGAGACAAAGCACUUUCGUACUAGAUGUGAUUCGCCCGGCAGCAACGCAAUGGAUGACACUUUCAGCUGUUCUAAAAUCCCCUCAGGCAUUCAUCGAGUUCGUUGGAUUGAAUCAGCAACCGAUAAAUCCGCCCACGGAAGAUGGUUUCAGUGCGAAUCGAGGACAAAUUAUCAACGCCAUCACAUUAACUCUGGGGAUACUGAAGAGAUGCGCAUGGCCCGAGGAUCCCGAUCGUGCACAACGCGGAGGAUUCGUUGUGGCAUACACAGAAUCGGGUAAUCCGAUAUUUAGAAAUCCAGCAACGGCGCAUAUUGUUCCGUUGUUGCCGCAUAUUUUGGCACUUUUGAGAGUUUUGAAUGAGUUGUACAAGCCGGAAGCGUUGAUGGCGAUCUCAGCAGGGUACAAACAGGCAAAUAGCUUGCCGGAUACGGAGAAAAAAGUGUUGAUGGGAAUUACGGCGGUGUUGACGGACCCAAUGGAUCCGAAUUUGAAGCCGCCAUCAACUGCGGAGGAAAGAAUGCAAAAGUUUUUACAUAACGUUUACGAGAAUAUGUAUCAUUUAAUUGGAGCUACAGGUCCAACAUUAGGACGUGACUUAUACGCGAUUCCCGGAUUGUCAACAGUACUCAUCGAAAGUAUCUUCACAUCAUUGGAAUAUGUUCCUGAUUAUCGUUUGCGACCAAUUGUGCGAGUUUUCUUCAAGGCAUUUGUCUAUUCCUGUCCUCCUGCAUGCUACGAAUCCGUUCUUUUGCCAAUUUUCGCACAUUUAACACCUUUCAUGCUUAAUCGACUAACGACACGUUGGCAAUAUAUCAUGCGCUUGUACGAGUCUGGCGACUUGGGCGAAGACAUCACAGACACGCAAGAGGUAAUCGAAGACUUGCUAAAUCGCUCAAUGACGAAAGAAUACUUGGAAACACUGAAAACGGGACUUGUUGGCGGUACGUUGAACAUUAACAACCAAAAUCAGGAAGCAAAUGCAGCAAGUGGCAUGGAAACUGGCAUGGAUGUGCAAGAGGAACAUUCGAUGGAUGGAGCGGCACCUGCUUUAUCUCGUGCCACGCAAUCCGCAAUGACGAGUGAUGUUAUCAACGACUUGGGUUCGCAGCUUUUACGAUCGCCAUAUACCUCGUCGCCAAUUGUUAUGACAAUUUUAAGCAUUCUAUCAUGGAACGACAGCAUGUGCUCAUUAAAAGCCACUCAACUCACAGCGCCCGUCGUGCGUUUCCUUUCUGCCGAACAACUUCUCACUCCGGCACUUGCUUCAAACAUCAUCGCUGCCAUUUUACAGGCACUCCAACUGCACGGGCAACAUGAUUGCAAUCAAGCUGCCCUCAUCACACUCGGCGUACAAACGUACGAAAUCCUACGUCCCAAAUUUCCCAAUAUCAUGGAUGUCAUGCAACAAAUCCCGAAUAUUAGCACGUCAGACAUCCAAAAACUCGAUGAGAAAAUUAGCGUGCACGCCACGACAAAAGGCAACAAAAUUGACAAAGCCAAGAAAGACUUGUUCCGGAAAAUUACGUCGCAACUCAUAGGACGCAAUUUGGGACAAUUGUUCAAAAAAGAAGCCAAAAUCGCGGAUUUGCCGGCUUUGAAUGUGUCGACGACACGGAACGUAAGCAACUUUAGCAAUUUGCUGGACACGAGUAAAGAGACUGGAAUCACGCAACUUUUCAUGUCUAACAAUCCGAGCUAGUGCAACGCUUCGAACUCGGCAAAAAACGAGACUUUAUAAAAAAAAAACAAUUUCUUAGAUCUAACGAUUUAAAUAUACUAUAGGAAUAUUUAAUUAAUUAGUCGAAAUAAUAAUCAAAAAUUUAUAGAGAGCCACAAUGUUAAUUUUUUUUCAAAAUUAUUAUUUAGAAAUUUGAACAAUGGAUUGGACACAGAGAGAUACGCUGCUGCCAUAAAUUCUUUUGAACCAAAAAAAUCUUUCAUUCCAUUGAAGAAAACGUUGAAAUGUUAAAGCAAUCCUCUUUUUUUAAUGUAAUUAAUUUAUAGUUGUUUGAUAAUUUUAUAUGUUAAUGAAUGAUGAGUUAUUUAUAUCAAGAAAAAAAAAUCAUGGAAUAAAAUCGAAAUAAUCAA